AUGGCUCAGCAGUGUGCGAUCUCUGCGUGUCAACGUGCGUCCCGAGCGCUCUGUCAUGAAUGUAAUCAGAAUUUCUGUCGUGAACAUAUGAUCGAACAUGAUCUGUCAUUGAACUCACAGUUGAAUCCUCUCUCAGAUGAAAUUAAUGCGUUGGGUGAACGAUUAAAAUCCAUAAAUCUCGAAAAAGCAAUCGGAAUAACACAUCAGAAACUGAACCAAUGGCGAGUGGAUUGCCAUAAGACAAUCGACACAUUUUUCGAACAAAAAUGUCGUGAACUCGAUCGAUACAUUUCCAAACGAAUGGACAAACAGCGUGAUGAAAUCUCACGUAUGCGCACAAAAAUGUCACAACUAAUCAACGAACAAGAAGCGACACACCAAGAUAUAGAUUCUCUAACGGUCACUGUGCGCGAUCUCGGACGUGAAAUUGCCCAAAUCGAAGAGACAUCGAUCCAAGUCGAAACGAAAUCGUUAGUCCUAGACGACAGUCUAAUCCAUAUUGAAAAUUUGGAUAUCAAUCGUUUUGACUUAACAUCAUUAUCGCCGAUCUACAAAACAAUCAACUAUCCUCGAGAAAACUGGGCGCCAUUAGCAUGCAGCAGUCGAUAUCUACUAAUACAUCUAGAACCAAACCUGUGUUUGAUCGAUCAAAAUUUGAAUACUGUCAAGCAAAAUUCCUGGAUUUACGGAACUAUUUAUGAUAUGUGUUGGUCAGCGACGUUAGAUCGUUUUAUUGUUAUCAAUGGCAGUGAUGUUUUUCUUGUCGAUGAAACGCACAUGUCGAUUGAAAAUAUACAAAUGCUUCAAAAGAGUAAAUGGUUAUCGUGCACAACAUCGGAAACAUCCUUAUUUCUUUCGACAAAAGUCUGGGGCUCAUCCAUCAUGGAGUUCAGUCUCGUACCAACGAUUGAACUUGUUAAACAAUGGCAAUCACCAGAUACGUGCGCACGUGAUGAAGUUAUCAAUGGAAUUGUUUACAACAACGAUACAUUGGUCAUUAUGAUCAAAAAUCCAUCAGAAAAAACCGUUCAUAUCGAAAUGCGAUCUGCAGCGACACUAGAUCGCUUAUGGUCCGUACGAUUAAACAUUGCCUAUAGCCAAAACAUUCGUACAAGGUGCUGUUUACUUUCCAACGAUCAAUGGUUAGUUGUCGACAGGAAUACAUCGCGAAUUCUUCACAUAUCCAAAGAUGGUAAAGUCAAAGCAUCGACAACAUACAAUCCACCGCCAUUCUGUGCCGUUCUAUUCAAUCAAGAUAUGUUAGCGAUAUCGACAGCACGCGGUGUUAACUUACAUAAACUUUGA